AUGUUUGAUUCUGGCUGGGAUGAUGCUUUUGGAGAUGAUGAUGAGUGGCGCGAGAGUGGCGCGAGUGAGAGUGGCGUGAGCCAGAGAGGCACACAGCCAUCCGAUCAGGGUUGGGAAGAUGUCUUCGAGGAGAGUGUCAGUGUAGGAGCAAGAAGCAGUUAUGUUCCCUCACUGGGGGAAGACGCAGUCACGAAACGGAAGCGUGGAAGACCAAAGGGAACAACUGGCAGUGCCAUGCUACGGAAUGCACGGGCUCAAUACAUGGCUCAAGCGGCUCAAGCCGAAGCCGAACAGCCACGGGAGAACCCAAAAGCAGCAGACUUUUUACCUAGAGCCCGUGCUCACAAGGCACGGAAAAGACAACUUCGCUUGGCAGCGGCGCGUGGCGCCGCUUUGUCCACUGGUGCACCGGCAAAUGCUGAAUUCCAGGUUGAUCCUGGGUCCGAUGUGGUUUUGGCACCAGCUUUGUUGCAAAAGACAUCGCCGUUCUGGACAGGGUUGAUCGAGAUUAGCCAUGAUUCUGGGAGCCCUGUUCAGACUGCAAUUGUCUUGGCCGCAAAAUUCAGCAAAGAACAUGGGACUGGCGCCGUUGAUCCUCGCAUAGAACUGUGCUUCAAACCAGGAACACCAUUGAUGACGCAUGCUGCGAAAGGCAGCCUUUUGCACAUGAGCUCUGACAAAUCUGGUCAAAGCAAGUUGUAUUGCAUGAGUCGUAUACCAUAUUUCUCGCAAUGCGCUGCUUCUGCAGCCACCGAAGCAGGUUGCUUGAUGUGGGGCCGCUUUCUGCAGCAAGUUGAGUCAAUGAUUUCCAGCGGCCGCUUUCGUGGUGUGACGCUGAUUGUCAAAAGGCGGUAUGAUGAAACACCGAUGAAAUUGCGCUUGAGCCCUGGACAGACUGAGCAAGGGCUGCAGGCCCGAAAGCAGAAGCAAAUGGAGACCUCUACACAUGCAAAACUGCUCCAAUCAGAGAUGGCAUUGAGCAUGCUGUUGCAGGAAGUCGCAGAAACAUCCAAGCCUCGGUUCUUGCAAAUCCAAGGUCAAGUGCCUUGCAAUCUCCAAAUUAUACAAUCCAACACAGGCGAGUGCUUGAAAGCUGCUACGCUGCAGCAUCUUCAAUGUUUGCCAGGCUUGGACAAGACUUACCAGUAUUUCGAUUGGGUGUUGCAGCAGUCCUCUGUUGACCAGUUUGGUGCCAACGAGAGAGCAGAAAGAAGCCUUCUCCACGACAAGAUGCAGAAAGAAGUCGUUGACACUGCUGACCCGAUGCGUGUGAGCAGAUUCAGCAAAUAUACGUCGCUCAAUCCUUUGCCUUUCAAGCUUUCUAUUUUCUCAGAUGGUAUGGCAUGGCGUUGA